AUGGACGACAACUUCGCCCACUGCUCCUACGAGGCCGGUAUGCUCGAGGACCCCGACGUCACUCCCCCCGAGGACAUGUGGACCAGGACCGUCUCUCCUCUUAAGGCUCCUGACGCUCCCCUCGACAUCACUGUCCACUUCGACAAGGGUCUUCCCGUCAAGGUCGUUACCCCCAACCAGACCGUUACCGACUCUCUUGAGCUCUUUGGUCUUCUGAACGACCUUGGAAAGGAGCACGGUGUUGGCCGUAUUGACAUCGUCGAGAACCGUUUCGUCGGCCUGAAGUCUCGUGGCUGCUACGACUCUCCCGCCAUGACCAUCCUCCGUCUUGCCCACGUCUCCAUUGAGGGCCUUGUCCUUGACGGCCGUGUCCGCUCCCUGCGUGACAACCUGAGCAAGCAGUGGUCUGAGCUCCUCUACAACGGCAUGUACUUCAGCCCUGAGCGGGCUUUCCUCCAGCCUUCCCUUGACUUCGCCCAGCAGCGUGUCAACGGCGAGGUUCGUCUCCGCCUCUACAAGGGCAACGCCUACGUCCUGGGCCGCUCUUCCCAGGAGAAGCUCUACUCCGAGGAGGAUGCCUCCAUGGACUCCCUCACCACCUUCGACCCCUCCGAGACGUCCGGCUUCAUCACCAUCAACGCCAUCCGCCUCAAGAAGUACGGUCUCCAGAUGGCUGAGGCUGGCAUCAAGUUCUAA